CAUUAACCCUAAUCACCAAUACCAUCAAUGUCAUAAACACCACCACCUGGCACUAUCACAACCACCACCAUCAAGAACCGCUACCAUCACCACACCGAACAACACCACGUGCACUACUACCAUCGCCACCACCACGGCCGUGAGUAUCUCCAUCACCAACACUACAGCUACCAUCAUCACCGUUAUCAUCACUUCCACUCAACAACAACAAAACGAGUCAGCGAACGAAACGCUCCGUAGUCGCUAGGUUUGCAAAAAAUAGCAGCCAAAUCUCCUUCAAAUCACACUAUUAAUGUCGUUAAAAAACGGAUACAUUGGAUAAUGGAAUCCUCAGCAAAAAUAAAUGACAGGAUGGUCGUGGCUGGAACGCUUUCGAUCAACGCUAUGCUCGAUAUAUCAACUUAACCACCAUCAGGGCCUGAGAAUGCAUCAACGAUAACAACAUCCACAUCAGUAAGACCACCCAUUACCCCAGCCUCAACAACCACCCACAUCUGUCUCUUGCCGUCUCAUUCUCUCUCUCUCUCUCUCUCUCUCUCUCUCUCUCUCUCUUCUCUCUCUCUCUCUUUCUUUCUCUCUCUCUCUCUCUCUCUUUCUUUCUCUCUCUCUCUCUCUCUUUCUUUCUCUCUCUCUCUCCCUCUCUCAAGCAGAAAGCAGUUACCAUUUGGAGGGGAAGCUGCAAUAACGUCUUGGAUUCGCUUUCGUAAACCAAACGAUGUAGUAGUCUUUAUCGUUUUUAGUCGUUUGCUUGGCCCUAUAGUAAUUUCUGUAUACACCACACACACACACACACACACAUACACACACACAAAUACAUAUACACGCGCACAUACAUACGUACAUACAUACAGACAGACAGAGACAAACAGACAGACAGACAGACAUACGAUAUACACUUUUGCUAUGUGGCUUGUACGGUGCAGCAGUGGUUUCGUCGACGACGGCGUCACCUUGAAUAACACUCAGGCUGAACAGUCUCUUUCGUUCCUACAAAACAGCUUGCCCUAAUACAAUACACACACACAUAUACACACCUGCAUACCCCAACACCAACACACACACACACACACACACACAUACAUAUUCAUAUAUAUAGAUAUAUAUAUAUAAUAUAUAUAUAUAUAUAUUAUAUAUAUAUAUAUAUAUAUAUAUAUAGGUGCAUACACAUCCCAUAGCCAUGUACCGGGCAGUGAAAAAGCUACACAGUGAUCAGGGCAGGUUGUCGUUCGAAGUAGGUGACCUCAUGACCCUUAUUCAAGAAGACACAGGUUACGAUGGAGUAUGGUUGGUCCAAGACGGCAAAGGACAUCUGGAUUAUGCACCUAUGUCCUACCUGACACCUGAACCGAAGGCAACAUGCAAACAGGUGAUGGAGCACAUUGACCGUUCACUCAAAGCAGUCUAUGAAGGGGCAGAUAACUCUACAUUGAAACAAAAGAAGGCGCAAGUUCUUCGGAAACACAGAUUGGAAACAUUGGCUAAGCUAGGCGUUGCUGACCCUGAAAUUGGCUCUUCAGCAACACUUCCAAGUUCCGAAUCGUGUCGACACAGACCAAAGACCUUCCCUAUGUCACAAACUCUCGGUCGAACUGGUGCAGGUUUGACAAAAGUACAGCGAAGGAGACAUGCUCCGCCACCCCCUCCACCUAGACGGGAAUCACUGCUCUGUGAGAACAAAAGUGAACCGGGGACACCACUGACCCCACAAACACCAAUUACGCCCUCGUCCACACCACAGACUCCAAUCACACCUUAUGCUCCUCCACCACCAGCUUCAAGCCCACCUGUUACUCUGCCAACCACUGCUGAAGUUGCUGAAACUGCUGAUGGCAAUGUAUUGGAAACAAAAAGAGCAGAAGACCGAGAGGGAGGAGUAGGUGAAGGCACACCAUCCAAAGGGACGUCUGGCUUCAGCAGAGAGGAAGAUAUGACAGCUGCUGUUGCACCAGCAACAGCAAUAACAGCAAGAACAACUUCACCCUCAUCGUCAUCGUUGUCAUCGUCAUCAUCGUCGUCGUCAACGACAACGAUCAAUUCACCGGCGGCAGCAGCAAUAGUGCAACCCACUUCACCAGUGGCACCUCCACCAGUGCCACCACUGGUACCUGCGUUGCCGCUGACAACAGCAUCAACAACAACAGCAGCAGCAGCAGCAGCAACCAAGACAACACCGCCUCCUCCACCACCUCCACUAUUACCACCACCUCCUCCUCCACCACCACCUAUGCCACUAUCAACGACAUCAACAACACCUCCACCAACACCACCCCCACCUCCACCACCAACACCACCGCCCCCUCCACCCCUGCAGUCAUCAUUGGCAACGGCAGCAGCAGCAGCAACAGCAGCAGCAGAGAUGAGGAGGAGAGAACUUGCCGAGGCAUAUAAAACAACGACGUCAGCUACAGCAUCACCAGCAACAGCAAGAUCGGUGAUGGUGUCAGGGUCUUCCACACCUCCGCCACCACCUCCACCACCCCCACUAACACUACCACCACCUCCAUCAAUGACUCCGCCUCCACCACCGCCACCACCACCACUGACAACUUCUGCACUCCACUACCACAAUAGUCACGACCACCUUGGGGAAGAGCAGAGCUGUGAUCGGCGACGGAGGCGAGCUUCAGCUGGUGAUGAUACCACUAACACAAACACCACAACUGCCACACUGUCAAGUAGCGACAGCUAUCCUGGCAGUAGUGGUUCAAUCUCCAGUGACUGCCUUGGAGAUAGUUGGGUCUUGCAAGCUGUUGAACGGAUCAAGAAAGAUGCAAAGAUCAAUGUUCGUGAGAGCAUCCUUGCCCUGCAAAGUGUUGUCCAAUAUUUCAAGGAGACGGUGCCCGAUAUUGAGGACCUCUGCUCUCAGGCUUUGGCAGUCAUUACAAAGUUACAUGGCCCAGAUGCAAAUAUUCUCGCAAAGGAUUUACUUACGGCUCUUGGACAUGUGGAAGAGGUUACCGUAUUGUGUCGACAAGAAGAUCACCAUUUCACAGAAGAAGCAAAUAGGAAAUUGUCUAAAUACCUUCAGACUGUUAUCACAGAACUGUUGGCAUUGGAUACCAAAGUCUCCAUGUCUGCUCUGUCAUCUAAUAACUAUGAAGCUGUAGAAAUGUUGGUCUACUUGUCUGAGUGCCAGGAAGUGUCUUCUCCUGUCAAAGAAAGUGUGAAAGAUGUCAUGAAACUGAUGUGUAACUGUGACCGUUACAUAAGUCACAUGUUAAUAAACUCAUCUGUACCUCUGUCCCUUGUCAGUGAACUGAAAUGCUCAGAGACAGUCACUGUGGAAUUCUGUAACUCUGCAACAUUACUAGCUGCCAUUCUGGCUGGAGAAGAGGCUCUCCCAGUAGAAAUUCAUGGCUACUUAGAUAUCCCUUUAAUAGUGAAGGUUUUAAACUUCAUUGAGAAUCCAAGUGGAAUGAUGUUUGCUGAAGCUGUUUCAGUUGAUUUAAUGACACUAAUACUGGCCUACAACCAACACCACAAUGCAAGUUCACCUCCCAAUGUUGUUAUGCAAGCUUUGAAUCAUGCCGAAACCAAAUACCCAGAGCUUUUACUUGAGAAAUUGAUACUUUUCUUUAAUCGUGGAGUUGAUCCAUUAAUGGAACAAGGUUUAAUGAGAACAAAGAGUAACUCAGUGGUAAAAUUUCUACGAGACAUGUUCAGCUGUGAAGCAACAGGCAAAUUGUACUACACCAACGACAUUAAAGUCAUGUUAGACAUUGUGCUUCGAAACAUCACUGAUAAACCUCCAGGAGAUAAAGAACGAACAGAGAAUCUGCUUCUAUUGCAGCAGGUAAUAAAUCACUCAUUUUACACAGAAGAACAGUACCGAAUCAUAGAUUUCAAAGAUGCCUUCCACAACAUCUGCAGUGAAGAUGAAUGCAUCAAGAGUCAACAUGAGAAAGAUAUAAUCAACUCCAUUCAAAGUGAACAUACUGACUGGUUCAAUCCUUGAGCUACUUACCUAUUCUAUUACUAAUUGUUAACAGAAACUCUCUCUCUCCCUCCCCCCACUCUCUCUCUCUGG